AUGAUCGACCGUCGUUUGAACAACUCUUGGACCGUCGCGACAUUCAAAGAGUGUUUGGGAUUCAUGAAGCGGGAAAAGUUUGGUGGAAAUUUUGGUGGAAAUCAAAAGGUGAAGAAAUCACUUCUUAAUGCAUUAAGAAGAGAGUUUGAAGUCCUGGAUAUGAGAAAUGAUGAAACAAUCACAGAGUAUUUUGCUAGAGUAAUGUUGGUUGCUAAUAAAAUGAGAAGCAACGGAGAAGAAAUGCCAGACAAGAAAAUUGUGGAGAAAAUUCUACGCACCCUAAUUGACAAGUUUACAUAUGUUGUAGUAUCCAUCGAAGAAUCAAAGGACACGGAUACUAUGUCCAUUGAUGAGUUACAGAGUUCAUUAGUGGUGCAUGAACAAAAAUUUCGUCGACCCAGCAACAAUAAUGAGGAUCAAGCUCUAAAAGUUGAAGGUAGAUCGAACACAAGCAACAGAGGAAGAGGAGCUUAUAGAGGAAGGGGGCGUGGAAGAGGCAGAACAAGUUUCAACAAGGCAACUGUUGAAUGUUAGAGAUGUCAUGACUUGGGACAUUUUCAGUAUGAAUGUCCUAAGAAUAACGAAGCAAAUUAUGCUGAGCUCAAUGAAGAAGAUGAGUUGCUAUUAAUGGCCUAUGUU